UGUGGUUGUGUUAUUUGCAUGCGCGAAACGUGUUUUUUUGUGAAUUUGUACUAUUUUCUUUCUAUUUCUGAUUCCAAAUGAGUUUCAUUUAGCAUUUAAUAUUUUUUAGUCAUAGUUACAUUACAGUGACGUGUCUAACAACUUAAACUAUCGAUAUUUGAAACUUAAUACGACUCAUUAAAAAUGGUUGUGGUAUCUUCAACAUUUUCUGUGCCGGUAGAAGGCAUUAUUUUACAAACACCAUCAACGAAAUUGUUCAUAAACGAUCAAGAAAUAGGUACAGCUACGUUAUAUAUAACAGAAAAUAAUGUGCUAUGGGGCGGAGGAGUCGGUGCCUCUGGUGGUCAUUCACCAUCAAUAUCACUGCUAUAUCCUAGUAUAUCACUACAUGCCAUACAGAGAGAGCCCAGCCCAGCCUUGUAUAUGGUGCUGAAUUAUGAAUUAAGAUUACCCCAAAACCAGUCUGGAGGCGGAGACACAAGUGAUAGUCAGAAUGAUGACGAAGAAUUUGAUGCUGACGAUCAACCCAUCACACAGCUGAGGUUCAUCCCAGCCAACGAGCAUGACCUACAGCCGAUGUAUUCAGCGAUGAGCCAGGGUCAGGCUUUACACCCGGACCCACAGGAUGUGGACGAUGAGGACCCUUACAUGGAUGGAGAGGAUUUUGAUGAAGGAGAAGAGGAAUUCGAAGACGCGGAGGAGAGCGAAGGAAGUCCAGAGGAAGCUGCAAGGAGUCAGUUACAACAACUGAGGAUUGAGAACACAAAUGGAACGUCUAAUUAUCACGAUUGUGAAGACAUGGACAACGAGCAGAAUUAAUUUUUAAUUUUAAUUAUAAAUUACAAUUUAAUAUUGGUUUUAUUAUACGCUGUGUUUUGCACGCAAGUAUGUUUUUCCUAACUUUAAGUUGGAAUGCAUUUAACUAAUAAUUUUUUUUUUUUUCAAUAAAUAAUAAAAAAUCAAUUAAAAAGUCAAUUUUUUCAAGUCGAGUUUGUGAGGAUGGAUGUAUGUGUAUUGUGUAUG